AUGUCUACAGUGAAUCGAAAAGUAACCCAUCCACCGAAAAGUGGUCUGUUGAAAACAAAAUCAAAAACUAAUGAAUUAAGUGGUAAAGAAGAAGAAUAUAAACGACUCAAUGCAGAACUUGAAGCGAAGUCCGCCAUUUUGGUACAUGAAGCUGAAGAAGUUAUUAAAGGCCAUGAAGCUAUUUUCAGUGAUCCCCAUUGUGACAUCAAAACUGAAGUCGAUACUCUCAAGUCAAGAAUUUUGGAUAACAUAGAUGCGGAUGAAUUACUUAAUGCAUUUGCACUUUCCUUUAAAACCCUUAUCUUUUUCUCUCUAUCUUUUUCUCUCUAUCUUUUCUCUCUAUCUUUUUCUCUCUAUCUUUUCUCUCUAUCUUUUCUCUCUAUCUUUUUCUCUCUAUCUUUUCUCUCUAUCUUUUUCUCUCUAUCUUUUCUCUCUAUCUUUUUCUCUAUCUUUUCUCUCUUUUUCUCUAUCUUUUCUCUCUAUCUUUUCUCUCUAUCUUUUCUCUAUCUUUUCCUCUCUAUCUUUCUCUCUAUCUUUCUCUCUAUCUUUUCUCUCUAUCUUUUCUCUCUAUCUUUUCUCUCUAUCUUUUCUCUCUAUCUUUUCUCUCUAUCUUUUUCUCUCUAUCUUUUCUCUCUAUCUUUUUCUCUCUAUCUUUUCUCUCUAUCUUUUCUCUCUAUCUUUUUCUCUCUAUCUUUUUCUCUCUAUCCUUUUGCUAUUUUCUUUUUUUUUUCUGAUUUUCUUUUUCCUAAUUUCAGAGAAUCCGUGGAAAUUGAAAAUCCAAGAGAUGUUGAAAGAUUUAAGGAUUUUAGAAGUUCACAAUCAUGGCCAAACUCCAGACAUGGACGACCGCCAAGAAGUAAAAGCAGUCAGGGUAGAGCAGCAUCUGCAAAACAUGAAAUCAAGAAUUUGGCAAGCUGUGUUGCUGAUAAUGUUGCACUUCCAGACCAAAAUUACAUGAAUGACUUGCAGGACACUUUUCAGCAAAUGUCAGAACAAAUCACCAAAAAUGAUUUAAUUCCUGGCAUAAAUUCAGCUGAAUUUGAUGAUGUUUUGCCUUCCACUGCAAACGAAGUUGGUGCAGAAGCCACGAUACGUUUUUUAAAGGCCAAACUUCAUGUGAUGCAAGAGGAAUUGGACAAAUUGUCACAAGAAUCUCAUCAAAAGGAAGAUGAAGCGAAGAAGGUGCAGAAAGAAGUAAAACAAAUGGAGGAAGAACGUACAAGACUGCAAAAAACAAUCACCAAUCAACAAUCCCAAAUCGACAAAUAUAAAAAAAUGUUUGAAGAUGGCAAAGUAAAGAUUGAUGGGUUCGAAUCUCAAGUGACGGCUCUGAAGAGGGAAUUGGAGGACUUGAAACGAAAUAAUAAAAAGGACGGAUCGACUCAUAAAGCAACCGAAGUGAGACUUAAUCGAGCUUUGGAAGAAAUUGAAAAAUACAAAGAACAACUACAGAAAAUAAAGAACGAGUCCAAGGAACAUGGUGCUCAGGACAAGAAACGGACCGAACAAUUAAUGGCAGAGAAUCGGCGUUUGGAAAAACAGAAAAAUGAAUUGAUGACCGGAUUCAGAAAACAACUAAAAUUGAUUGAUAUUUUGAAGAAACAAAAAUUACACACUGAAGCGUCUAAGAUGUUGUCCUUCACAGAAGAAGAAUUUGUCAAAGCAAUGGAAUGGGAAACAUAA